UGGCUGUAUGGUUGAAGUUGCUGAAUUUCCUUCCAUCCACCAUUUGGAUCUAAGCUUUCUCCUGCAGUCUAUCAGCUCUCUUAAUACUGGAAUAGAAGGAAAAUUUAAUUGUAUUUAAAGGGCAACUCAACAGGACUGAACAAGCAGCCAUGACCACACUCAAUUAUGAAUCAUAUGAAAAGAAGUUCAAAGAUGUCACUUUGCCCCAUUUUGUGAGUGGGAUGUCUGCCAUUUUGUCCUUCGCUAACUCCGCAGCCACGUUAGACAACAAGGACCUGGAGGAAGCAGAAUGUGAGAAAGUGAAGGUGGAUGUCGAAUUGGCCUAUGAGGAGAUGAGCAGGGCCGAGGAAGAGGCCAAAGGUAUAAUCGAAUCAAUAAUGGCUGAGGCACUGCAGCUGACAGCGGAUUUUGACAAGGGGAAAAUGGACAGGAAGGAUCUGGAGGAAAACCUGUGGAUCAAGAGGGAUGAACUGAUAACACUAGAGAGUCACAGGUAUCAGGUCAAUGAUCAACUUCAAGCUGCCAGAUCGUCCCUGCAACACACGGAGAACGCCCUGAACGCCGCAGAGGCCAGGAAAGGAGAGAAAAUCACUGGAAGGGAUAUGGGAAUCGGUUUGACUCUCCUUGUUCCUUGUGUUGGAAUUCCAAUGACCGUUGACUACAACAAGGAACUAAAUAACACAAAGAGGCUGGUGAAGAUGGUGGAGGGCGAAUUGCAUCACCUCAGAGCUGUUGUCAAAGAUAAUGAAGAGGAAAUGAAUAAGUGCAGCAGGCAGAUACCAGAGAAAAGCAAAGAGAUUGAGAGAUUGAAGGAGAGCCUGGCCCGGAAAGAAAGCGAGGUGGAAAAGAUGCAGCAAGCAUGUGGGGUCUUGGCAGAUAUCAAGUGCAAACUGAAGUAUUGCUACGACUACCUGUACAGUCUACAUGGGACUGUGGAAGUGUUGUACAACUCCUGCAAGGACGUAUACAACUUGGGUCCAAUCAUGCCUGUCAUAGAGCAAACAUUUAAAACCAUACAGCAGCAGAACUCCCACAAUGAGCUACUGGCCUAUGAGGCAAAUGUGCAGAAAAUGGUCAAAGAGUUGAAAGUGAUACAGUACCGAAUGAAUAUGAAGUAGAGGAGGAUCCUCGCUACAGCAAGCAGACAGGGACUGUCACCUAGUUAACAAAUGGAUGUGGAAUAAAAAAGGAGGCUAAAUUAAGGGGGAGGUGAAGAGACGUUUUCUCAUUCAGUGAGUUGCUCAUGAUCUGGGACACGCUGUCUGAAAGGAUGGUGGAAGUAGAUUUGUCACUAUCAAAAGGGAAUUGGAUAAAUGCUUUAAAAGAAACAUUUUGCAGGGUUAUGGGAAAAGAGCAGGGGAAUUAGAUUAAUUGGAAAGUUCUUUCAAAGAACCAGCAUGGGCACAAUGGGUCAAAUGGCCUCUUUUUGUGUCGCAGAAUUCCGUGAUUCUAUGAAAUAUGUUAGUAUAACCAAUGGGUGGGUAACGUUAAAUACAAUCACCCUCAUUUGUAAAACUCUGUGACCAAAGCCUCUGAUGGGAUGUGUAAGGGUGAAUUUUCCUGGACAACAUUCAACUGUUGGGAAUUAGGUAAGGAGUUUUAGGACAUGCACUGACUGCAUAUGAGGCCCUGCUAGUCACACACAGUCUGCAGCAUUGACUGUGCAUUGGUUAUAGCUCUGGCUCUGCCUCAGCCUUUAUGCCAUGCCUUCACUACCACAUUACA